AUGGCCAACUUAGUAGGCGAGCUCGGUGACGGAGAAGGACCUGCCUCGCCAAUGCCCUAUACAGUGCUAACCCCCGGAGAGAGUCCAAUGGCACACAUACCACAAGAGAUCAUCGACGAAGUAAUCGACGACCUGGACGAAAAGGAUCGCAAAACUCUUUCAGCUGCCUCACGUGUCGGAAAACGAUGGAGGGAUCGCGCACAGGCACGACUCUUCAAGAAAGUCAAUAUACAUCACUCUCAGCGCCUUCAAGACCUGCAAGACAUGAGCAUCGGCGUCAAUGAUCCGCUCCGAUAUGUCAAGGAGGCGUCCAUGGGCAGAACGUUCCUCAAGGGCACAUUCCAAGGAGCAAGUGAUAUUAUUUGUCGGAUGAAUCAAGUCACGUCUGUAUGCCUAUCCGAGGUGGAACUGGGUCGUACUAUCUCUAUCUUCCAGGCAGGCUUUCCGUCCUUGACUGCUCUAACAAUUCUUCGGUGCUCUCUUUCACCGGACGCGCUCCCAGAGAUUUUGCGUAGACGGACGGACCUCUCUAGCAUAGAGAUUUACCACUGCAACGACAUUCCUGCUAGAGGACACCGUUGCACCGCUUUGCACGAUAAUCCUGCUAGGGUUCCCACCCAGUGCGAGGUCGCGAUGCUGGCCUGUGACGAUUCUGCGCCUAUAGCUCUACGUUCCCUUUCCCAUAUAUUGUCCGGCAUAACUCGGAUCUCUAUCUCCCCCAUCAAACGACCACCGUGGGAGACAAUGUCUGCAGACGGGAUAAGUUUGUGGAACCUCUUGUGUUUAUUCAGCAACACCCUUGAGAACAUCGAGUUCGAUGUCGGAGAAUAUUCAGAGGAAGAGUCUCACCCUCCAGCUCCUCUCUGGGUACCCUCGCUCAAAACAAUCAUCGUUAAUGCCAAACUAAUCGAAGCCGAUAGUAGCCGUUUAUACUAUUCAGCUCUUUCCGACACCGCCAUGAAUAUAAUAAGCAGGCCGCCUUCGGGAGCUCAGGAUGAACUUGCUCGGAUGGACGAAAUUACGCUCCUCACGGAUAUUAAAGUCGAAAAAGACGGCAUCAACGAGUGGACAGCGUGGGCUGUGGAGAGCAGCUUCGUGAAUCUCGGAAUACUCGCUCGAGCUCAGAACGUCAGAAGGCUCGUAAUUCGUAACAUGAUUGAGAUGGAUAUAGAUGAUGCUAAAGAUCGUGCUGAUGAUGAUAAUAAGUUGGAGGGUGACUUGGUGUUAGCGAGGAGCACGUUUACGAGAUUUGUGGAUGACCGAGUGGGUGAGCUUCCCCAAGGCUGCGAGCUCGUGGUAGAAUAUGGGCCGAAGUGA